CAAAAAAAGGAGAAGAUAUAUUUCCAUUUCUAAAUUCUGAUUUUAACCUUACUGGAUCCAUUACACAAAAAUUAGUAAAUACUUUAAAAAAUACUGGAAAAUGUUUAUGAAAAAGAGUGUUCAAAGCGUCAAUUUCUAUAAAAAGUAUUGCCGAAGAUAUUAUUCUAAUAGAAAUAUACUAAAACUCAAAGAACGUGGUAUGUUUCAAGAUAUUUUUCCGGAAAAUGCAGGAAUUACAGUCACGGAUUUGAUGAAUUCUGGCUCACAAACUGUGUAUGCAGGUUUUGACCCUACUGCAGAUAGCUUACAUGUUGGAAAUUUGUUGGUAUUGUUAAAUUUAUUACAUUGGCAAAGAGGUGGACAUCAUACUAUUGCUCUGGUGGGAGGUGCUACUGCUAAAAUAGGUGAUCCAAGUGGUAGAAAAACAGAGCGCCAAGCAAUGUCCAAAGUUUUUGUAGAUGAUAAUGUUUCUGGGAUAAGGAAAAAUAUUGAAACUGUUUUUUCCAAUCAUCAGAAAUUCUUAUGGAAGGAUGCUGACACUUUGAAACCUGUUAGGAUAGUAAACAAUGAGGACUGGUAUAACAAUAUAAGUGCUGUUGAAUUGAUAGGUGGGGCAGGGCGAUACAUGAGAAUGGGGACACUUCUCUCAAGAACUAGUGUACAAACAAGGCUCAACUCAGCAGCAGGCAUGAGUUUCACUGAGUUUAGUUAUCAGUUAUUCCAAGCCUAUGAUUGGUUGCAUUUAUUUAAGAAUUACAGUUGCUCAUUUCAGAUAGGGGGAAAUGAUCAAAUGGGAAAUAUAAUGUCAGGUCAUGAAUUGAUAAGUAAAGUCUGUGAUAAACAAGUUUGUGGUUUGACGCUUCCACUGGUAACGACCGAAAUGGGCGACAAAUUCGGCAAAUCGGCCGGCAACGCCAUCUGGCUCUCCGAUGAUAAAACCUCCUUCUUCACCUUUUACCAGUUCUGGAUGCGGCAACCCGACUCCGAAGUCGAAAAAUUCCUGAAACUCUUCACCUUCGACACGGUAGGCAGCAUUUCCGAUCUGAUGCGGCGGCACCGUGAACAACCCGAACUGCGAUUGCCGCAUAGGCGGCUGGCCGAACAAGUGACGCUCUUAGUGCACGGCGAGGAGGGAUUGAGAAAGGCGCAGCAGGCGAGCGAGGCCCUCUACGAGGGGAGUGUAUCGGCGAUGGGCCAGAUGCACGCCGAGGACGUCGCUAGGUUGUUCGAGGGGGCGACGGUCGUCGAGGUGCUGCCGGAGGCCGGUCAGAGCGUGCUCGAUUUAGCGAUGAAGGUUGGGUGUUUUCCGACGAUACAGGAUGCUGUUAGAAUUAUUUCAGCAGGAGGAUUUUACAUCAAUCAACAAAGGACCAGUAAUACAAAUGAAGUGUUGAACAUGAGCAUACAUAGACUUGAAAACAAUGUCACCUUACUUAGAGUAGGGAAAAGGAAUUAUUAUAUUGUCAAAUGGUUGGCUUAGCAUGCAGUUCUAAAAUAUUUAUUGUAACAUGAAAUGUGAUAAGAUCAAACCUGUAUCAUAU